AUGGCCAUAUGGGAACGACUAGUGCACGUCGUACGCAAGUACGCCAAGUUCAUUGGGCCAGGGCUUAUGGUGUCGGUGGCCUACAUGGACCCCGGCAACUACUCGACGGCCGUGGCCGCGGGCGCUGCCUACCAGUAUAAGCUUCUAUUCGCCAUUUUCGUGUCCAACUGUCUUGCCGUGUUUCUCCAGAUCCUUGCUGCCAAGCUUGGGUGUGUCACUGGGCUCGAUUUGGCGGCAAACUGCAAGGCCCACUUCCUGUUCCACACCAAUCUCGUGUUGUAUAUCCUCACCGAGAUCGCCAUUAUUGCCACCGAUUUGGCCGAGGUGGUGGGUACUGCCAUUGCCCUUAACAUCUUAUUCCACCUACCUUUGUUUGCCGGGGUUAUCGUCACCAUCAUCGACGUGUUGGUGGUGCUUAUGGCCUACCGUCCCAAGGGCCCGCUUUUGUUCAUCCGUAUCUUCGAGAUGUUUGUCACCGUGCUUGUGUUUGCCACGGUGUUGUGCUUCGCCAUUGAAUUGUACCAAGUGAGCCACGACCCCGACAUUUUGUACUCUCACUGGGAGGUGAUCAAAGGGUUCUUCCCCAACCUGGCGGUGCUUGAUAUGGAAGGCCGUGGUGGUAAGACGGGUAGUCUGGGGCUUUACCUCUCGCUCGCCAUUUUGGGGGCGACGGUGAUGCCUCACUCGCUCUACUUGGGCUCAGGUCUUGUCCAGGCUCGUCUUAAGGACUAUGACAUCAAACACGGCUACUUUAAGUCAGCGGCGUGUCAAAACGAACCUACCACUGCCACUACCGAUGAUGAGGCCACUUUACAUGAGGACGAAGAAGAUGACGAUGGCUAUCGUCCCUCGGUCCACGCCAUCAACGAUACCAUGCACUAUACCAUUUGGGAGCUUGUGGUGUCGUUGUUCACGGUGGCGCUUUUCGUCAACUCUGCCAUUUUGAUUGUCGCUGGUGCCACCCUCGGUAACAACAAGAACACCGGUAACCAGGCUCGUGAAGGGUCGUGGGCUGCUCUUAUUAGCCGUGACGACGACCACGAUGACGACACGUCGGACCUGGACAAUGAAGACUACUCCAACGCCGAUCUCUUUACCAUCUACAACUUGCUCACCGAGCACUUGUCCCCCACCGCCGGAUUUGUGUUUGCUCUUGCUCUCUUGUGUCUGGGUCAGAGUGCCGGGGUUGUGUGUACGCUUGCCGGUCAAAUGGUCAGUGAAGGGUACCUUAACUGGAGCUUGCCGCCCGUGACCCGUCGACUCAUCACGCGGGCGUUGGCUAUCGCUCCUUGUUUGUUUGUGGUGACCGUUAGUGGUCGUGAAGGGUUGCUGGGUAUUUUGAACGCGUCGCAAGUGGUGCUUCUGUUGUUGUUACCGUUUGUCACCGCUCCCCUCAUCUACUUCACUUGCUCCAAACACAUUAUGCGAGUUCCGAUUGUAUCGCGGGACGGUGACGUUAUCGCCGAAGACCCCGGUUUCCGUCCCCGAUCGGACUCCAUCGUCCAGCCGUUCCGGGCCACUGAGCUGGCAAUUCAGCUCCAGACCAUUCGAAAUACACAAUUGUGUACGUUUGAAGACGACAGUGACGACGAAGAGGGCCAACGCCAACGGCUCAUCGACUCGGACACCGCCAUCAGGACCGAGCCGCUGCACCUGACAAUUGUGGGAGCCCCCAACAAGCCGACAUCACCUCAGCUUAGUGCUCACGAUGACCGCCUGCUCCACGCCGACGACGGUGAUGAGUAUCGCGUCAUUGGCUAUCAGGACUACUCCAAUCUGAAAUGGAUGGCGAUCGCGGCGGUGUUGAUUUGGGGGUUCAUCAUCGUGCUCAACUUAUAUUUAAUCGUUGCUUUUGGGUUUAAUUAG